GAAAAUGGUGGGUUGAUUAUUCACAAUUGAUUAACAAAAUAUUAAAAUGUACUUGAAAGUCCAUAAGAUUACUUUUCGGUUUAAUCAUAUUAAAAAAUGGAAAAUGAUAGUGAAAUGAAAAUGAAGAUUAAUGUGAAAUGAAAGCAGGGCUGACAAAAAUCUCAUCCAAACAUCAUCUAAAUCCAAUCCUAUCGCAGUUGGGAAGCGCGCCGAGAAGAAAGUCUCAAUCUUGAAUUCACUAGGAUCAUCCUCAUUCCUAAAUCCUAAGACCCUUUUUUUGUUUUUGUACCCAGUGAUUUUUAUCUCCGACCAAUCGGUAAAAAUGGCGCUUAAGGUCUAUGCAGAUCGAAUGUCACAGCCAUCGCGCGCCGUCCUCAUCUUCUGCAAGGUCAACGGGAUUGCUUUUGAGGAGGUGAAGGUAACCUUGUCCAAAUUUGAACACCUGACUCCUGAAUUCAAAGAGAUCAACCCAAUGGGAAAGGUUCCCGUCAUUGUUGAUGGAAGAUUUAAGCUGUUUGAGAGUCAUGCUAUUCUUAUCUACAUUUCUUGUGCGUUUCCUGGUGUGGCAGAUCACUGGUAUCCAGCUGAUCUUUUCAGGAGGGCUAAAAUACAUUCAGUAUUGGAUUGGCAUCAUUCUAACUUACGUAGUGGUGCAGCUCCAUUAAUAUUCAAUACUGUUCUUGCACCUUUGUUCGGCCGUCCUCUGAAUCCUCAAGCAGCUGCUGAAGCUGAGAAGCUGUUAUCCAAGUCGCUUUCAAAAAUUGAGUCAUUUUGGCUGAAGGGGAAUGGGAAAUAUUUGCUAGGUGGCCUCAAACCAUCCAUAGCUGAUCUUAGUCUGGUUUGUGAAAUUAUGGAACUAGAGCUUUUGGACGAGAAGGAUCGGAGUCGUAUUCUAGGUCCACACCCGAAAGUGAGGGAGUGGAUUGAGAAUACUAGAAAUGCUACAAACCCACAUUUUGACGAGUUUCAUAAGAUUCUCUUCAAGCUCAAGGAAACUCUACAAAAGCAGCACUCCCUGAAACUGACUUCAAAAAUUUGAAGUUUUCUUAACACCCAACUGUUGUAGGACCAGAAAGGUUGUCCCGUGAAAUUAGUCAAUGUAGUUGACUCAUACACUCACGGAUAUCAAAAAGAAAAAAAAAGAUGUGAAGUUUUAGGUGUUUGUCUUGUUAAUGCAAUAGAAUAAAUGCCAUAAAAGGAAAGGUGUGAAGAUGAUUAUGAAUGUAAGUAAUCUGUUGGGUUACUUUUGAUAGAUGAGGAAGAACUUGGUUUGAUCUGUGUAAUCCAAACGUCCCACAGUUUCAUUUAUAGAUUAUACUCAUUUUGUACAUCUUCAA